AUGGAAAAACUGGAUGACUGUACUGUUUCUGCUGAGGUAUUUCAAAGGGCGCUUGGGAAGCAGUUGUUCUUCUACUUUAGACAUGUCCUGUGUGUGAGACAGUACAAGGAUGCGCUGUGGGUGUGGCUGAUGGUACAGGAUAAGAGCAAUACUGUGUGGACUCCCAGUAACAUUGUACACAUGGUGUACUACCCUGCCUCUCCCUACAUCUUCACUUCAACCAUGAAAGCUGAGUAUAAGGAAUACAUCCUACAGGCUUUACUGCUGACCAUAGGAUACAGUAAGGCCCAGUUCAUGGACCUGUCGGGGAGGGAUGUUGAAUCCGUGGCAGAGUUGGCAAAACGCAGACACAACCAACAUGUCAGUCCUGAGUCUCAGAGGAGCAGAAAGAGGAGGAAGCAAGAUGAGGAGUCUGAGAAUGAAGAUGUCAUACAGGAGGAUGCUGAAGACAGACAGUGGAGGGAAGACUACACAAGGGAGACAUUUGGGGAUGAGCCACAGCCCACACUGGAGAAUGUAGUGUACAAGGUAGGCCAUCCUGUAUCUUGAAGUCUGCAGUAACCU